AUGGUAGUGGUGACUAGUGAUAAAUCCAGAGGAUCCAAUGGCCAAUAUCCAGAAGCCUCAUCAUCAUCUUCAUCUUCAUCAUCACCAUCAUUAUCAUAUUCAUCAUCUAAAAAUCAUUUUGUUCGUAAUCGUAGACCAACAUCUUCAUUAUUAACUGAAACAAAUGAUGAUUAUGAAACAGGUGAUGGUGGUAUUGAUAGUGGUAGUUAUAACACUGGACAACAAGAUGAUAAUAACAAUCCAAUAUCAGCAUCGUAUGGUCAACAAACAAAAACAAUGUCUACAAUACAACGUCCAUUACGACAACAAUCUAGUUUGACAGUAUCAUCAUCACAACCACAAUCAUCAUAUAUGGAUCAAUAUGAUCAACGAACCGCUUCAAGCCAAUAUGAACAAAGUGAACAAGGUCCAAUUGAUGAUGGUAGCGAUGGCUAUCAACAAUCACCAGACGAAUCUUCACAAUAUCAAGAACAACAUUAUCAUCAUCAACAACAACCACAAUAUGGAUAUUCUGAACCAUCAGAUAGUUAUUAUGAAGAACAUCAUGAUGGAUCAUAUGAUGAACAACCAACGUUAGUUAAAUCGAAAAAACCACCAACAGUUGGUGAUCUUUAUUAUCAAAGACCAACAAUCGAAUCAGGAUAUGGUGAUGAUAGUUCAUAUAGUCCUUCAGAUUAUGGUGCCGCAAUUACAUCGACUGGUUAUAAAACUGGACAUUAUAUACGAGAAAAAGGUGCCCGUUAUCCAAAAGCAUAUUUAUCACCAAAACCAUCAUCAAGUAAAACUGUUAUAUUCACCGUACCACAGCCAAUUCCACAUGAUGAAAAACCGAAAAAUUUCGAAAUACCAUCGCUCGAUGUAGCUGGUCUAGAUAAAAUAAUACCCGGUGGUGGUGAUUUAAUGAAAAAUUCACCGGUUAAAAUACCCGCAUUACCUGGUAUUGAUUUUAAUUCAAUUAUUGGAAAUUUAUUCGGCGAUAAAGGUCCACCACAGAUAUCGGUUGCAGCACCAGAAUCAUUGGGUAAUCUAAUUGCACCAUUAUUAAACCAAGGUAAACCAUUGACAAUCAAUGCACCGAAUAUUGAAUUUGGUCAUGGUCAUGGUGGCCCGCAUCAUGGUGAUUCGGAUUCAAAAACCAAAUUGGUUGGUUUUAGUGUACCAGAUUUUCUUAAAAAUAGCCAAAAAUUUAUUCAAGGAUUUCAAAUGCCAAAAAUUGAUUUUACCGGUGAACAUGAAAGUGGCUUAACAUUACCACAUUUUGAUAUGCCAAAUACACAAAGUAUUGGUAAAUCACCAAAAAUAACGGCCAUUGCACCAAUGGGACCAUCAAUACAUUUUUUACGUCAUCUUAAUUUACCAUUACCAAAAGUACCGAAAAUGCGAUUACCAGAAUUAGGCCCAUUCAGAAGUUUUAAAAUACCUAAAUUAGAUUUUACUAAAAGUUUUGAUCUAAAAAGUAUGGAUUUUAAACUUCCAUCACAUCGUGAUGGCAUGUCCACAAUGGAAGAUUCGCCGAAACCAACAUAUUUACCGGCACCGGGUAUGAUGAUGAUUAAAGCCAUACAAACAACAACAAAACCGUCCGAAUCAUCGACAAAUAAUGUUGAUGAUGGUGUUGAUGAUAAUGUAAUCACAAUGGAUAAACCAACAACAUCAUUGACGAUGGCAAAAAUUAAGAAAAUUAUAACCGCAUAUCCAAUGAAUAAAGGUUCCGUAUCUGGCCAUAUUGUUAUUGAAGAUUAUCCAUAUGGCCGUAAACAAUUAGGACCAUUAGAUGAUGGUGGUGAAUCGGAAAUUGGCUGUGCUGAAUUAGAUAAAGUUAUCAUACAACAACAAUUAGAUGAUCAUAAACAACAACAACAACAACAGCAACCGAAAUCACAACCAAAAUCAACGAUUGCAUUAUUGUUAGGAUUAAAAAGGCCAAUUCAUAAUCAGCAUUGAAUAUAAAUCGUACGAACCUUAUCUAUCUCAAUUUUAUUAUAUGAUUUUUAUGAGUGGAAUUGAUUAUGAAUUUUUUU